GGCGAUGUCGUACAACCAUCCCUAUUACGGUGGUGCAUCGUCUUCCCGUCCCCCUGGUCCGAGUGAUGAUGACCUCAACGAGGCGAGGCAGGGGCUCAGGCUGCUCAAGGCCAAGAUGCGCAGGCAGAGCCUAUCGUGGCAAAAAGAACAGCGAGCCGCCGAGUAGGGAACAGAAAACACACCAGCCACAUAUAUCUCACCAAAUAUGUAUCGGUGUGUGUUUUUCUCCUCUCUGUUAUCUUUCCUUUCAGGCAGGGUCUUCCAGCUCCCGGCAUCCCCCAGCCGUCCCACCCCUCAUACCCCUCGUCCAGCUACUCUUCCAGGCCCCAGGCAGCGGCCGCACGCCCAGUGCCGGGCGCAUCUCGCGUGUCGCCCGGGCAAAUCGCCAGACAGCCACAGCCAUUCUCGCCUGAGGAUGACACAUCAAUGCUCCCUGCCAGAGGUGGCGGCAUCGGUGGUGGUGGUGGUUGGUCUGCUCGUCCCCUCCAGAUGAGUAGCAGGGAGCGGCUGGGGCAGGGCGGCGAUGAGGGAAGGGGCGAGGGGGUUGCUGUCAGUGGUGUUGUUGGGGGUCGUGGGUUUGAGGUGCUGCGGCAGCCUGUAGGUGCUGCCAGUGGUGGUGUUGGAGCGGCGUCGGGUGGGGGUAUCCCGAAUGAGGAGGACGCCGUUGCUGAGCCUGUCGACCUGACUGAGGUGAGAUUGUCAGGAAGAGCCAGGGAGAGAACGGCCGGGGCUUGAUUGCUGGCUGUCGUGUCGCAAGCAAACUGUGUGUGGGCGUCCGUCAGUGUGACGGCUGCGGCCGUUCGUUUCGCCCCGAGGCACUCGCGAAGCAUCGGAAAGUGUGUCAGAAGGUCAGGCAUACCAUGGACGGAUGCUGUGGAUGGAAAUGUGCACUCAAUCACUCACUCUCCACACAACUAAGUAGGGAUACCUAAGGUCCUAUACGUCUGUCUUGGCCCACAGGUGUUUCAGCAGAAGCGCAAGCCCUUCGACGUGGCGGCCCUGCGCGUGUCAGGCGUGGACGGCGGGCCCGAGGCGCUCCGCAGACUUAGACACGACCAGAGAAAAGCCAAAAGGAAAACGUAUGCACCGCACGGGAGGCAGGCAGGCAACGGCCGCAGAGUGUCUCUCUGUUGUGUUGUGUGUAUGUGUCUUGUCUUGAUCGACUGACCCAUGCCAUUCUACCUCUUUCACUCUGCCCGCCCCGCCUGUGUGGUGUGCAGUGGACAAGGCAGCGGCGGCGAUGCUCCUAUCAAGAAGACGCCCGCAUGGAAACAACAAGUAGCCACCGGCCACGCACGGACACGCCUAUACAAGAAUUUAUGUGUGUCGUUGCCCCCUUUGCAGAGCGAAGCGUUCCGUGCGGCCAUCGCAGCAUCGCGCGCCACCACAGACGAAGCCAGACAAGAAGCACAGGCAAGAGAGAACACCACACCACCCACACCAAUCCAUGUCUCUCCUUCCCGUGCUGUGGUGCAUGGCAUGAUGGCAUGUGUGUGUUUGCGUGGCCUGCAGGCUCGUUUGGAUGCGGUGGGUCCUGACCCGUCGAUGGUGUCGUGUCCCCACUGCGGCCGCACAUUCAACCAGGACGCCGCAAAAAGACACAUACCUAUCUGCGAAAAGACAUUCGCCAAGAAGGGCGGCCGGCUUGCUAAGGGAGGAGGCACACUCGCAGCUGCAGGUAGGUGGCCUGGGAGGGAGGGAGGGAGGGAGGGAGGAACAUUCGAAUGAAGAGUCCGAGACUCCUCUUCUCCCUCUUGUGUGCUUCUGUGCACGUAAUGAAUGUGUCAGGCGGCGGCAUGGCUGCCUCAGCGUCUGCGCCCUCCUUCCCGAAGCGUGGAGGGCGCAGAUGAGUGCGUGUGGGGAUGGUGGAUUGCUGGGUCAUACAUAUCAUGGCGGCCUCUCUCUCAGUCCCUUUGAUUCGUGAAUGGAUGGAUGGAUGUGCCAGCCCGUGGACGUACGGACCAUUCUGGCGUGUGUGUGGGUGGGCGCUGCUGACUCACUGACUGAGUGAGUGUUUGUA